AUGUACAUCACUCUCUACUUCAUCGUCACCCACCUCCCCGACUCUCUUAGCGCAGUCAGAGACCUCCUUCUCGCCCUUGACCCCACUGACCUCACUGUCGACCUGCUCGAGAAGCACCUCCUUGCAAUUGAGACCAGCAUAGUCGCUGUAGGCGCUUCUCGUGGCACUCCUCGCACUCCCUUCUUUGAGAGGUGUUCCCCCUCCCCCCUUGUCCCCUCUGUCGCUUCUGCUACUGCUGUUGACUUCCUUCGUGCUGAGGAGGUCGGGGUUAUGUCUGCUCCUAGUGGGAGGCGCCGCAGCGGCAAGGGCAAGGGAGGCCAGGGUGGUGGGGGUGGCAGUAGUGGAGGCGGUGGUGGGGGCGGUGGAGGCGGUGGAGGUGGCGGUAGUGGCGGAGGGAGUGGUGGUGGGAGUGGAGGCGUUGGUGGCGGCGGUGGUGGUGGCACCGGGAGUGGUGGCAGCGGUAAUGGUGGCGGCAGUGGUAGUGGUGGAGGCGGCAUUGUUGGCGGCCGGGGUGGAGCUUUUCAGAGAGGAGAAUCUGGCGGUGGCCAGAGGCAGCAGCAGCAGCGUUCGAGCAAGACCCCUACGCCCCAGCAGCUUCGUGGGUGGUUUGCUCAGCCACCACAGUUACACCACUCCCUGCACCUGUUGAAGUCGGACUGGCUGACCCCUAAGGGGGCCCAGUUCUUGCCCGUUCCUCCAUUGUUCUUCCGUGUCUGGCGGUUUCGUCCGGCUCACUCUCGAGUCUUCACCUACCCUCGUUCUCUACGAACUUGGUCUCUGCCUCCCCUCCCACCCUCCCCUGCCCCUCCCUGCCUUCCCUGUGUUGAGGGGCGGCAGCGCGCCGCUCCUCACUCCUCGUUUCCCCCGACGACUGCUCCCCUGCAGACUCUCCACAUGGACUCUUUCACGCUUCCGGCCUCUCCGCAGCAGAAUGGGGUUGCUGAGCGCUGCAUUGUCUUAGUCAUGGAGGUCGCUCUUACCUCCAUGAUCCAUGCGGCUGCUCCCCAUUUUCUGUGGUCGUUUGCGGCCCGGUACGCUGCGCAACAGCUCAACCUCUGGCCCCGUAUUCCCUUGCCGGAGACCUCGCCGACACUGCGUUUGACGGGAGAGGUUGGCGAUGCGUCGGUGUUUCGGGUCUGGGGAUCUCGUGCCUUUGUCCGCGAUACCACCACAGACAAGCUCUCCUCCCGCACCAUUCCCUGUGUCUUCCUUGGCUUUCCCCCAGACGCGCCUAGCUGGCAGUUUUACCACCCCACCUCGUGCAGUGUCCUGCCUUCUCAGGACGUCACAUUUCACAAGUCGGUACCCUUUUACCAUCUCUUCCCCUACCGCACUACCCCUCUCCUUCCCUGCCGCUCUUCCUCGCACCAGGUCCCCCUCCGGUAG